AGCUGUGCGCGCUGGAGCCCGGCUCCGAACCUGGGUCUCCCCCUCCCCCAAGCAGCGGAACCCGGGCAUUCCCCCCUGCACCUACCCCUCCCCUUCCCUCUUCCCCCCUACCCCGGGCCCCCCGGCUCCCGCGGCUGUGCAACAAGAUGGCGGGAUCGGUGGCCGAGAGAGACGCGGAGGUGAAACUAGAAGAUGGACAUUUAAACAACUCCUUGGGAUCUCCUGUACAAACAGAUGUGUACUUUCCACGAUUGAUAGUACCGUUUUGUGGGCAUAUUAAAGGUGGGAUGAGGCCGGGCAAGAAGAUCUUAGUGAUGGGGAUUGUAGACCUCAACCCUGAGAGUUUUGAGAUCAGUUUGACGUGUGGGGAUUCCAAAGACCCUCCUGCAGAUGUGGCCAUUGAACUGAAAGCAGUAUUUACAGAUAAGCAGCUGCUCAGAAAUUCAUGUAUAUCUGGAGAAAGAGGUGAAGAACAAUCAGCAAUUCCUUAUUUUCCUUUCAUCCCCGACCAGCCGUUUAGGGUGGAAAUUCUUUGUGAACACCCACGAUUUAGAGUAUUUGUGGAUGGACACCAGCUUUUUGAUUUUUACCAUCGAAUUGAAACACUGUCCUCAAUUGACACAAUAAAGAUCAAUGGAGACCUUCAGAUCACUAAACUUGGCUGACCUGGGUGCCCAGAUCAUUGUCCCUACUCCAAAUAGGAGCAGAUGCCACCCUCUGUUGUCUGGAACGGCAAUCCUACCAGGAUAUGGAGACUUAACAAAACAAACAUAAACAAACAAACAAACAAAAAGACACACUUCCCAGUCUCUUCUGUGUGUGCAGUUUAACCCCAAAAUGAAGACUUGAACUGGGGUUUACCCUCUUGAAGAGAGCUUUUGGGUAACAGACACUGAGCCGAUGUCCUGGAGCAAAGUAAUACAUUUAUGCUGGGUUUUGUUCCUAUCAAACUAGAAUGGGUGUGGGGUCAUUUGGGAUUUGGGGCUUAAUUGGCAGCAGUGUAUUCAUUCAUCUUUCCUUUGCAGAAGGAGGUCUGCAAACAAAAGUGCUAAAAUAGUAGUAAUAAUAUUAAUAAUUUUAAAUACGGUACACAGAAAAGUUUUCUUUUGUGCAACCAGUUUCUGCACUGAAGUAGAUUCAUGUAGCACAACCAAUAACAUUUUAGUCAGGGUAUUUACAUAGAAUGUAGGUUGUUCAAGUUUUUUGCACAGCAUAAUAUUAAUACAGUUUUUAAAGCUUUCUUGGUAGUUUAUUUAUACUCAGUGUAUGUAUUAGAAAAACAAGCAGUUAUUGAGUACAUACAGAGAACAGCAAGUCAUGAAGUUUUGAAUGUACAAAUGACUUAGGUCCAUGGGAUAAAGUAAACUUUUAUCGCUUCUGAAACACAUAUACAGUUAUUUGAAUAAUUGAGUUCUGGUGGUGUCCUUUACACCCCUAAAAUUAAGCUCCUUUGGAACAGUUGCUCUAAAUGCUUUGGGGGAAGUGGGGAGAGCUUUGCAGUAAUUUAAUUAAAAUUAUUUCCCAUGCUAUUGGUCAUUACAUGUAACUACAUUUACCCUGAGUUUGCUCCUUUCUGUGAAUUGACAUAAUACAUAAUAUGGCUUCCCUAUGGGUAUAUUCCCACAUUUUCUUGGAAUUUAUACCAUAGCUCAUUGUGUAAUUGUUCAGUUAAUUGAAAAUACUUAUGAAGUGAUUGCAAAGACAAUAUUUUUUAAAAUGUACUUUACAGGGACUUUCAACUUAUUAUAAAGAGGGUGUUCGUGACAUGAUAGAUAGCAAAGUAAGUGUACCAAGAGAACUUUCUGGAUUUUGAAAUAAGGUUAAUAAUAUUUACGCUGUACCAAUAACAGCUGCCGAAUUUCAGAGUUCAGAACAUAGGUCUCCUUUCAUAUGUCACUCUUAGCAGUUUCCCUAACCAGUGCCUCCUCUGCUUUGGCUGACUGACUGACAGAAUCGAUUAUCUUCCAUCUCUAUUGAUCCUUACAGGAGGAAAGAUUAGGAUUGAGGCUGGAUCCCAACUAAGUAAUUCUGUUUCAAAGGGUUAACUCUCAUAUUGUCAAGCUUUUGAGUGUGGACAAUUUUAGGCUCAGCAGAGUUUUGAUACCACAUACUGGCUGAGCUGAUAAAUGGGUUCGGUUUCUCUAAGGAGAUGUAGAAAGUACUGUAACUAUCCAUGGAGGGAAGGUUUAAGGACUGGCCUCUGAGCUCCACCCUCCCAGGCUGUGCUGGUGGCAUUGGUUAGAACUUCGCAUUAGUAAGGUCCCAUGGAGAGCAGGACUCCAUAUUGACUCCCAGCUCUGCUAUCUGUGUGACCUUGGGUACUUCUCUGGCCGUAGAUGGUGGUCUCUAUGGUCCCUUCCAGCUCUAAAACCUCGUGAUCCUAAGAGUGGCUGUGGGGGGUGGGGGUAGGGUGGGGGAGGUGUAUUUAUAUAUAAUUCAGAUUUGUUGGUAGAAAAUCGAGUCUUGUUAACGGUCAUGUUUGCUUUUUAGUUAUUUUACACAACAUGCAGACAAAUGGAAAUGACCAGGUCAUUUCCACAUGUCGAAAGAAGGUAGACAGUGUUUCAGCACCAAAGUAUAAUCUUUAAAAAAAAAAAAAAAAAGGAAAGAAAACCAAAAUCAUGAGGUUUGAGGAUUCUUCCCCAUCUCGGAAACUGUUUAACACAGUCUCACUGUGUUAUAUAAGAAGAUUCAUUAUCUCCUCAGAUCCACUUUGCUCCGAAGAGUUUUACUAGUUUGGCUAGACUGCCUUUGAUCAACUUUUCUCACCUUAGAGAAGUGUAAGCCUCCCUUAUUCUGAAGAGAGUUUGUAGCUAUUUAUAGCAUAACUGGGCUCUGCUCAUCAUUAAAUGAUCACCUUUAGAAGGUAGCCCGCCAGCUACAAAAUUCAGCAGAAAAUAGAGGGCACUUGAGUGUAACCGGCUGGAAACAACUCAAUUCUACCUACUUAUCACUGAACCAAUUAACGGGUCUUUAGGCAGCUUAGCCGCAAAGGUGCAGUGUUAACCCUUUCAUCUCAACUCAGAGAGGGCCUUGAGAGCCCAUAAUAAGCCUUUUCAGGAAUGCAUUUUAGCUGUGAGAGAGCUUGAUUCAAGUGCUGCUAAACUGGAAGGUGAAUAAUCCUGUGGUUUUAAUCAUUUUUUUAGCUGCAACUUGAAAAUAAUUUUCACCUCACAUCAUUCUGUGAGGUCUAAGGUGGGAAAUGAAGAUGAGAAGGUAACAAUUUAAAAUUUCACAAGAAAAUGUUGUUAUGUAGGCAGUUGCUGAGUACCAGAGCCCUCAUUUUCCAACAUGAUUAAAAUAAUCCCAAAUAUCAGAAUUAGACUAUUGAAAGAUAAAGUAAGCUUUACCAGGGGUCCCUAACCUUUGUUUCAUGGACCCCCUUUGGCAGUCUAGCGAAGCCCAGGGACCCCUUUUCAGAUUGAUUUUUUAAUGGCAUAAAAUAAAGUAAUAAGUAUUACAAAAGAGAUCAGUGAUAUUGAAAUACAGUUAUCAAAGUAUUUUUAAAAACAAGUUUACGAGUCACUAAGUUAAAAAACCCUUGCUUUAGACAAUCUGUUAUUUCCUUCCUACAACAUUGUGUCCGUAAAACAGAAUUGAAAUUGGUGUCGGCUCUUUGAAUUACUAAGGAACUUAUCUUUAAGAUUUUGUUUUGGAUAUGUUUCCAGUGAAGCUGACCUUCAUUUGGAACUCCUUUUAAGGUUCCUUCAUAAAAUUGAUAAAAUGAUCUUCAUUUUAUUCAAUUGCCCCCAAAAAAGAGGGAAGGAGAAAUGUUGCCUUGACAGAAACAGCCUUGACAUUCUUAAACAUUCAUGUAGAGAUAGAAUUCCUUUAAGAGAUUUUCAAAGAAACACUUUCUUAUUUUCUGUGUGGUGUAAAAUGUUGCUAAAUGUGUUAUCUUAUGUCACUGCUGAAAAUUAUUUGCACUAAAAUAAAAAAGCAUUUUGUACAAAAUA